CAGGCGGCGAAGGCGGCGGCGGCGGCGGCGAAGAGCGCGAGCGGCAGGCGGCGGCAGAAGGAGCGGCAGCAGCGAAGCGCCCGCUUGCAGCCUGGAGCUCUCGCAGAACCAUGAGCCAUAGGACCACCCCGGGCGCUGCUUCCCCGUCGGUCCUUGGGUGGGAUCCCCCCACUUCCCUGAUGCACCCUUGAUGGCCCCGGCCCGCUUGUAGGAUGCAUCUCCUCCCCUCCUUCUUCCUGGUACGUCAUCCUCACCUGGCCUCACCAGAUGGCCACUACUCCUCCCUCCACCAUGGAUGAUGAGCAGACCUUGAACAGGAACGCUGUGGCUUGGCUGGUUUGCUCAGGGCUCUCUGUCCUGGCCAACGCCUGGGGGAUCCUCAGUGUGAGCGCCAAGCAGAAGAAAUGGAAGCCCCUGGAGUUCCUCAUCUGCACGCUGGCCGGGACGCACAUCCUUAACAUUGCCAUUCCCAUCACCAUGUACUCGGUCGUCCAGCUCCGCCGCCAAAACUCCGACUACCAGUGGAGCGAGGGCCUCUGCAAAGUCUUCGUCUCCACCUUCUACACCUUGACACUGGUCACCUGCUUCUCAGUCACCUCCCUCUCCUAUCACCGGAUGUGGAUGGUCCGCUGGCCGGUGAACUACAGGUUAAGCAACACCAAGAAGCAAGCGGUCCACACCGUCAUGGGUAUCUGGAUGGUGUCCUUCAUCCUCUCCACGCUGCCGGCCGUGGGCUGGCACGACACCACGGAGCGCUUCUACGCCACCGACUGCCGCUUCAUCGUCACCGAGAUCGGCCUGGGCUUUGGUGUCUGCUUCCUGCUCCUGAUCAGCGGGAGCGUGGUCAUGGGUGUGGUCUGCGUUGCCAUCUCCCUCUUCCAAACUUUCUCCAUCCAGGCAGGCAACAACAUCGACAAAAACAAAUUCAACGUCCCCACCAUCGUGGUGGAGGAUGCUCAAGGCAAGAGGCGCUCGUCCAUUGAUGGCUCAGAACCCAUUAAGACUUCUUUGCAGAUCACCUAUCUGAUUGCAGGGAUCGUUUUCAUCUACGACUUCCUCAUGGGCUUUCCUAUACUGGUGGUGAGCUUUGCCAGUUUGAAGUCAGACGUGGCCUACAACUGGAUGAUCCUCUGCGUCCUCUGGUGCUCGGUCGUCCAGUCCCUCCUGCUCCCACUUUUCCUCUGGGCUUGUGACCGCUACCGAGCUGACAUCAAGUCUGUCUGGGAGAAGUGUGUGGUCGUCAUGUCCAAUGAUGAUGUGGGGGAAGAAAACAGCCUGGAUGGAGUGAUCCAUACAGACCUGAUGUAUGAGCGGCCCUACGAUUACAACUUUGCUGGGGAUGCCCUGACCUUGGACCACAUUGCCAAAUACGACCUCUCAGCCCUGGAGAGGGGCAUCCCCCAAGCCUACCCUACAAAGCCUCCCCCAGAGGACAAGAUGCAGUAUCUGCAGGUCCCCCCCACCCGGCGCUUCUCCCACGACGAAACAGACAUUUGGACGACCAGCCAGAUCUCGGCCUACCUCCAGCACUGGGGGGCCAGCGGGGACAUGGCCGCCAGCCUGGCCCAGCUCCUCCUCCCGCGGGGGCACGGCUAUGAGCGCCGGAGGAGCAGCAGCAGCCUCCUGUCCUAUCAAGAGGAAGGGCAGCACCCACACCGCAGGCGCCGGAAGUCCGCCGAGAGCACCUUGUCCCUCAGGCCCUUCCCUCCGGAAGACUACUACAAGGGCGGCGGCAGUGGCGGGGGGCCCGGAGGCUACAAGUGCUUCAGCAAGGAGGAAGGGGUGAACUUCAUCAACACCAGCCCCCUGCCCAGCCCCAGGAAGGGCCCUCUGCGCUCUGCAUCCGUCUCCCUCAUCCCGGACACGUUCCGCCAUUGCUCGGCCAACCUCACCAACUUCCCCUUGACCAAUUUUGAGCGGGAACCUCAGGGCUUGCGGCGCCUCUCGGCCCAAGGCCGGGGGUGCUCCCUGAUGGUCCCAGGCCCUUUCCUGGCCCAGGAGGAUACCAAGAACUUCUUCCCUAAAGGCAGCUCCGGCUCCCCGUGCCUGGAGCAGAUCCGCAUCCAGCUGUACGAAGCUCCUGAGGAACGCCCAGCCAGCAGCUGCUGCUCCGAGCCAGAGGGCUUCCGGACAGGCCUCAGCCCCUCCUGGGGGGGCCAGGAGGAGCUCCAGAAGGGCGGAAGCAAGGGCAGCACCAGCAGCUUCCUGAGCACGCCCUCGGCCUCCUCCGGGUAUGCCACGUACCACUCGGAUUCCAUGGGUUCAAGCUCCUAGAAGCAUAAAGCACCAGAAUCCACUGGCGGGUCCCGUUCAGUUUUCUCUUUCUCUCGGGAAAAGUCUUCUCCUCUUCGUGGUCCAGGCUUUUGUUGUUUAUUUAAAGAGGACUGGGCACAGCACCAAAGAAACCAAAACUCCAGCCUCUCUUGUGUGUUUUGCAAAAAAGGAGGAUGGAGGAGAAGGAGGAGGGCGGCCAGGAUGAUUUGAGGACUCGGGAGCUGCAGCGGAGCAACUUGGAGACCCAUGUCCCUCUUGGCUGAACCAGACCUCGCCAGCAGAAGAGCGGUGGGGUGCACUUUCCCCUUUCCUUCUUCCUUCCUUACUUCCAGCUGCAGCCGCUAGCUGGGCCCGAUCAGGAAUUUUCCAUUUUUUUAAUAAUCCCGUGUCCCGCACCUGCUACUUUCUAAGACAAUGUAAAGUUGUGCAUGAGUUUUCUGUAUCAAAUGACCCCGCGAUGCUACGGGCUUGCAAAAGGGUGGGGGUGGGGGGUCACCGAAUUUCUCGGAGGAGGCUUUUGGCAAGGUGGCAAAGCAGUCUGUGUUCCCCUUUCCUCCAUCAGUCCUGGUUUGAGGGACAAGAGCUGUGUGUUUGUGUUCCAUUUGUCCAUGAUAUCACUGCACAAGCAAAGGGUUUGAGGCAGGUGCAAAGCUCCGUGCUGAUAUGCUCCAUCCCCUGAACCGUAGGGUGUUGCAGGAUGAGGUCCCUGUGGAAUCUAGCCUGGCAGCUGAUGGGCAAGGAGAGAGAAGAAACUGUUGGUUAAACUGGCUGCUGGGACUUGGAGUCCAACAAUAUUAGGCUGGAAUAAGGGUUUAGUCUAUGUUGGCAUUUGGGGCUUUCUCCCCUCUGUUCCUGGGACUCAAGGCAGCAGCUUUGGCCCACAGGAUGGAGAUUUCACCACCGCCACCACCACCUUUCCAGUGCCAAAGCCCUGCCACCCACACCAUGGGUUGAUUUGCUGCCUCUGGUCUGAUCUGAAGCAGCAGAUUGCAGGUAGAAACUGUGCUUUAUGAUUCUAGGGUCAUCUAAUCUAACCCCCUGCAAUGGGCGUUUCUCCAGGGGCGAAAAAGCACGACAGGCACAGUGUUAAGGGCCAAAGCUGCAACCCAUCCUCCUGUUCUCUCCUGAGCCCCAGGAACAUCUAGUGAUAUUUUUU